AUGGCUGAACACCAGGUCGACCCAAAGAGAAAUUUGCCUCUCUAUGGAGCAGCCGACGAGUCUACAUCAGCGACGGAUAAAGAGGAUGAUGUUGAGAAUGUGAGGCAGAAUGGGUCAGCGCCUCCCAUUGAAGAGGCCGGGGAGUCGAAUGAGGCUCCCGCAGCAGACGAGUAUCCUCAUGGUCUGAGUCUAUUCUUUAUUGUGUUGGCCAUCAUGCUUGCCACGUUCAUCAUAUCUCUUGACCAAACAAUUGUCGGUACUGCCAUCCCCAAAAUCACCGAUCAAUUCCACGGUCUCGACAAAGUAUCAUGGUACGGCUCGGCAUACUUCAUGACUUUCGGUGGCUUCCAGACCUCGAUGGGCAAAGCAUACAGGUAUUUCAGCCUGAAGACGACAUUCCUAGUCUCCCUCUUCAUUUUCGAAAUUGGCAGUCUCAUAUGCGGCGUGGCGCCAAAUGCCAACGCGUUGAUUGCUGGACGAGCGAUUGCUGGUCUCGGCGGUGCGGGUAUGGCGACGGGUGGGUUCACAAUUAUUGCCUUCUCUUCCGAGCCCAAGAGACGACCUUUAUUUACGGGCUUGGUCGGAUCUGCCUAUGGCUUGUCUGCUGUAGCUGGUCCGCUUAUUGGUGGUGCCUUUUCAGACAAGGUUUCCUGGAGAUGGUGCUUCUACAUCAACCUGCCAGUUGGAGGUCUUGCAGCCGUGAUCAUUUUGAUCUUCUUCCACUCCCCGAGUGGUGCCAAGCCGGUAAAGGCACCAUUAAAAGAGAAGAUCCUGAAUAUGGACCUUGUUGGCGUGUCUUUGCUCAUGUGCCUCAUCAUUUGUUUCAUUCUGGCCCUGCAGUAUGGAGGACAAACCCAAUCAUGGAACUCGAGUAAAGUGAUCGGUCUACUCGUCGGCUUUGUCGCUAUUCUCGUUGCCUUGAUUAUUUGGGAGUAUUACCUUGGUGAGCGCGCUAUGCUUGUGGGACGUUUGCUCAAGAAGCGUGCUCUUUGGGCUCCGUCAACAUACAUGUUCUUCUUUGCCGGCUCUUAUUUCAUCCUCCUCUACUAUCUCCCAACCUACUUUCAAAGCAUUGACGACACCAGCCCUAUUGGGUCUGGGGUACGGAACUUGCCUAUGGUGGUGACCUUCAGUAUCGCAGCUAUUCUUGCAGGCGCGUUCGUUGAAAGAACCGGCAUUGCAACACCAGUCAUGCUUGUGGGUGCUGCUAUCGCAACGAUCGGAACCGGCUUGAUCUACACAUGGGAUAUCGGCACCCCGGCUGGGAAAUGGAUUGGUUAUCAAAUUCUCGCUGCCUUCGGUUUUGUUAUUCCUUGGCUGAUCCCCAUGAACAUUGCCCAAGCAAAUGCGGACGCCCAAGAUAUGUCAACAGUGACGGCUUAUAUUUUUCUGGCCCAAACCCUCGGGGGAGCGUUCAGUGUCUCAGCCGCGCAAUCAGCCUUCGUGAACACCAUGCUCACAAAAAUAAAAACAACAGCCCCAGAUGUCGACCCCAUGGCUUUAAUCGCAACGGGCGCAACACAGAUUCGUGCAACGUUUCCCAACGACAUACACGGUGUUCUACUUGCGUACAUGGCAGGCCUCAAAGCAACUUUCGCAAUUUCAGUCGGAAUGGUUGGAUUUGCCUGUCUGAUGGGACUUUUCACUCCCUGGAACAGACUGCAUGGCUCAGCCGGGGGAGCUGCCUUUGCUUGA